GUUGGUUGAAAAAGUGGAAUAAUUUGUUUAUUUUGUUUUAUAUAAUAUUAGUUGUAUCUAUGCAUAUAUAUUUAAUAAUUGUUAAAUAGUUGGCUCUAUAUUUUAUCAAUGUCAUAUCUUCAAAUCGAUGUCAAUGUCGCAGAGGAGGACCGUCCAUGUAAAACGAAAGGGAAAAACAACUACAGCGCGUCUUUUUUGCAUAAAAUGGCCGCCAAACAGCAAACAUGUAAAUAAAUCUGUUAUUAUGAGCGAUGUGUUACAUGUCACGUACAAUCAUGUGAAACGAUCGAGUUUAGUAAAUUAAUUGUACUUAUUGUGUGUAUCCGGCCUCAUAAUAAUUGAUUGCUGCGCGCGCAACAACACAUAAUUAUAAAUUUCGGGGGAUCAAAGAUGUAUGUUUCUUUUCCAGUAAAAUAUAGUGGUUGUUUUAUAUGGCGAUUUAUAAAUGUGUUUUGUCACUUAUUGCAAAUUUCGGUUCAUUUUAAAUUCUUUACACCCGUAGUAUUAAGAAUGUGAAUGUGAAGAUGGAGUAUAAAUUCAAAUAACGCGGCUACAGUUUAUUUACGAUUAGACGGCGCUGUACUCAGCAAUACCAGACCGGGUGCUUAUAAUUCUAUAAAUCAAGCCUAGCUGGCGUUAGAAUGCACAUAAUUCAGUGUGAGAUUACGCGACGUGGUGCAGCAGGUUUUGUUUUUAUCUGUUUUAUUUAUUUGUUUACGUCCUUGAGACAGUAUGCCGUUGGAACUCACACGCUGCAAGAAACUUAAGUGUCUUCCACUCGCGCAGUUGCGAAUGACUUUCGCCGUCGCCGAAACAUACCUGCGACGAGUAGAAAUUGCUAGUAUGUGCUCUGGUCGAUUACUGUUGCGCAAAAUGUUAGAAAACGUGAAAUUAUUCUCUCGGAUGUCGGAUGUCUUGGAUUUCAGACUAUGUCGGGCGCACAUGUUACUCCUACUUGCCGUAGAUGUGUCGAAGACGACUGUUGCGUGUUAUCAUAUAUGUUUGUGUGUGUUGCUCCGCGCAAUGUUACCUGAGGCAAACAGUACUCUGCACGCUGCUGACAUCAACGGCGAUAUUAGGUAAAUAGUUUUAUUCUAGCCGUCGGACGGCUAAUUUGGUGAUUCGCGCUGUAUCGGAUCAAAUACUUAAUGGUAUUUAGAGUGAAUUAAUAGUUUUGUAUACUGUUUCCGCCGGUGCAUGUGCUAACUUCAUUAUGGAAUAUACAUAUAUUCAACUAGAUAUUCAGCUACACAUACUGCGGUGCAAGUGCCUUGCCAAGUAAGUUUCCAUAUUGUCGAGAAGAUGUGGGUUGUCAUGUAUUGUCUUUCUGCGACGAAUUAAACAUAAUGAACUGUCAUUUUCCGCGAUAUUGUAAACUAAACGCGAUAGAAAAGUAUGAAUUGCAAAUUCUUAAUCUACGGGAAAUUUUUUAUUAGAUACCAUACAAAAAUCGAGAAAAUAAGACUCGUGUUUAUGAAUAUUUCAGUUGUUAUUUUCUCAUUGACUAAAAGCGGUAGAACGAAACAAAUUGAAAAUAUUCGAAAUUCGAAUUCGAAAUAUUCGGAAUCUGCUUCAGUAAUUGCUUUUCGAGUUCCGCUGUCAAAUACUUUGGUAAGAUACAUUAUCCAAAAAUUUGUUGAUUUUUUGGAAGUUUAGGAAGAUCUCUUCCUGCAAUUUUAGAUUGUCUUCUAGAAUCUAGUUGUUAUUCUUUGUAUUCCUGUUUAUAACAUUUUUACUUAUUUUAUUAUUCAUGACAUCCUGCCUUUAUUAGUAAUAGUGAAUAAACAUUGUUUUGAGUUGCGCGCAGCCAACAUGCAAAAUGAAACAACCUAUCUCCAGGGUCGCGUUCACCAAGCAUAUUGCAAACUGAUAGUGACCGCGUGUUGUCGCCGUGUACUGGGCACGCUGCAGUUUUAUUUCGAACGCCGGAUAAAUCGGGCGUGUUCAUCACAACUAGUUCUGUUUCGUCCGAUCAUAAAUAGGUAUAUCGGUUUAUAUUCCACAAACAAUUAACGGCAUAUAUAGGAAUCGGGCGUGAUCCGGAGUUUUGCUAGUACGAUUGCACGCGUUAAAUGUGCAUCAAUCGCAGAUUCAUCGUUAGUUCAUUUGUGCUCGCGUGUGGUUCCGUCGGCCGUCUCUGAUUAUUUUUCACCUGUGGAAUUAUACAGAACUCAAUUUUGGAAUAGAACUUGUUGGUUCUCAAUUAGCAAAUAUAGCCAUGUAAGUAAAAUUAAUCAGGAAAUUGUCGUUUCCAACACGGUUUGUGUCACAAGUUUUCUCCAACAAAACAAGAUAAUCAAUCGCGAAUCUUUGUUUCCAUUACGCGUAACACUAAUAAACCGUAGCAUUAAUUUGCUAAAUCUAUUUGCAUUUCAUCAACAAUUAACGUGUCUUAGUGUAAAUUUAUUGCGACCCGUCGACCGUCGGCUAGCAUCUCAGCGGGACUAUUAAAAAAAUAUAUUACAUUUUAUUAUAAAUUGUUUUCUUUGUAUAACAUCCUGCCCAUUUAUGUAUCCUGGUAUUACGUGAAAAAUAGAUUGUCUCUCUAGUUUUGGUCCUUGUCUUUCUUGAACUUUGGAUUUUCUUUCUCUAACAAUCUGUGCAUUCCUUUUCAUUGCGUGAACAUAAGCUAAACUUGUAGGUUUUGGUUGUUUCUUAAUUGCAAGUUGCAAAUAUCUGUUUGAGGCACUCUGUAUCUUAAUUUGCUUGUCAUCCAUGCAUAAAUGAGCUGUAUUUGUUGUUUUGGAGUGUCUCGUUUCGAUCUAUGAAUUUUCUUUUUAGAACACCCUGUAUAUCAAUUUUCCUUUAUGUCACGUGAAAAAAUAGCCAUAUUUGUAGUGUUUAAAAGUUUGCCGUUGACGUAUAUUCUAAAGUGAAGUUAUUUUCUUUUUGUGACACCCUGUAUAUCAGUUUCCCGAAGCCUCGAGUGAAAAACGAGCAAAAUUUGUAGUGUUUAAAUGAUUUUCUGUUUUAAUAUUAAUUUUUUUAUUUGUAACACCCAGUAUAUUUGUUCCCAUUUUCCAUCACCUAGAAAAUGGACUAUUUGCUAAUUUCUUUAUCCCGGCAGAACUGUACGACGUGGUACUAGCUUAUAUGUGCGCGGCUAUGCAGCUCGUAAGUCCUGUCUCAAUAUGGCGGCAUGUAUUCUGUUGACUUGUAAAAUCUAAACUUGUAUUCUAUUAAUAAAGAAAUAGUAAGAUAUA